AGCACUUGUAGUUUCGCCGGCGCUCGCAGGUGAGCGAGGAAGUUCCCUUCCCAGCGUCACUUCCAGACUUCUAGCAGGUGCCAUGGCCAAAAAGUUAGUCUUAUAAAUAUUAGUUUCGCGUGUAAUUAUGAGAAAGUGCGUUAAAUAUGAAAUAAAUCUGUGUGAAGGGACGCGACUCCUGUUGCCAUGGCUUUGUCGGAGUUGUAUACAAAGUAUAACAGGGUGUGGAUCCCUGAUGCUGAACAUGUCUGGAAAUCUGCGGAGAUUUUGACAGAUUUUAAGCCUGGUGAUUCUGAGUUGGAACUACAGCUGGAGGAUGGGACGGAGUUGCAUUAUCCUCUGGAAGGGGGUGAAAAGUUGCCACCCCUCCGAAACCCCGAUAUCCUGGUGGGUGAAAACGACCUGACGGCUCUCAGUUACCUUCACGAGCCGGCCGUGCUGCAUAACCUCAAAGUCCGAUUUGUUGAGUCCAAAAUCAUCUACACGUAUUGCGGAAUAAUUUUGGUGGCUGUCAAUCCAUAUAAGCAGCUUCCCAUCUAUGGAGAUGCAGUCAUCCAUGCAUACUCCGGGCAAAACAUGGGCGAUCUGGACCCUCAUAUAUUCGCUGUGGCUGAAGAAGCCUACAAACAAAUGGCCAGGAAUAACAAAAAUCAGUCCAUCAUUGUGAGCGGUGAGUCCGGGGCCGGAAAGACUGUAUCUGCUCGCUAUGCUAUGAGAUACUUUGCCAUGGUCAGCAAAUCCGGCAGCAAAACCCGAGUGGAGGACAAAGUUUUGGCGUCCAAUCCGAUCACUGAGGCCAUUGGAAAUGCAAAAACAACCCGAAAUGACAACAGCAGUCGAUUUGGAAAGUACACUGAGAUCAGUUUCGAUAAAAGAUACCAAAUCAUUGGUGCCAACAUGAGGACGUAUCUUCUGGAAAAGUCCAGGGUGGUGUUUCAGUCGGAGAACGAGAGAAAUUAUCACAUCUUCUACCAAAUGUGUGCUUGUGCAAAUCAGCCGGAGUUCAAAGGCUUACGACUGUUGGGCGCAGAAAAGUUUAAUUACACACGUUUGGGUGGUGAGAUCGAGAUCGAAGGUGUGGACGACCGUGCUGAUAUGGCAGAAACACGCAGAACCUUCAAUCUACUGGGUCUCAAGGAAAACUUUCAGACUGACGUGUUUAAGGUGCUCGCCGCAAUCCUGCAUUUAGGAAAUGUAAUAAUCAAGGCAAAGGACCCAGAGAAAUCAUUCAUCGGUUCCAGAGACCCUCACCUGGCCAUAUUCUGCGACCUCAUGGGCGUCAGCACGGAAAACAUGAGCCGCUGGUUGUGUCAUAGACGGAUAGUCCUGUCAACAGAGACCGUAGUCAAACCGCAGCCCCGGGAACGUGCUGUCAAUGCACGCGACGCUCUUGCUAAACACAUCUACGCCCAUCUUUUCAACUGGGUCAUUCACAAAAUCAACCACGCGCUGAUGGUCCCUGGCAAACAGCAUUCGUUUAUUGGGGUCUUGGAUAUUUACGGAUUUGAGACCUUCGAAAUUAACAGUUUCGAGCAGUUCUGCAUCAACUACGCCAAUGAGAAGCUGCAGCAGCAGUUCAACCUGCACGUGUUUAAACUGGAGCAGGAGGAGUACAUGAAGGAGGACAUUCCCUGGACGCUGAUCGAUUUCUACGACAAUCAGCCCGUUAUUGAUCUCAUCGAGGCUAAGAUGGGCAUUCUGGACCUUCUAGAUGAGGAGUGUCUGUUCCCGCAAGGCACUGAUAAAAACUGGCUGCAAAAACUGUACAAUUUUCUAGGCUCAAAGCCGCUGUUUGAGAAGCCUCGUUUGUCUAAUGACUCUUUCAUGAUUCAGCAUUUUGCUGAUAAGGUAGAAUAUCAGUGUAAAGGUUUUUUGGAGAAGAACAGAGACACGCUUUAUGAAGAGCUGGUGGAUAUCAUGCGUGCUAGUCAGUUUGCUCUCUUGGCAGGAUUUUUUAAAGAGGAGGAAGCAGAUUCUGGCCAUAAAAUCAUCAAAGUGACUCCGGCACAACCUAGAGUCAAAGCGUCAAACAAGCAGCUCAGAAGCACUGUAGGAGACAAGUUUCGAAGCUCCUUGUACCUGUUGAUGGAGACGCUGAACGCCACGACACCUCAUUAUGUGCGCUGCAUUAAACCCAAUGAGGAAAAACUGCCAUUCGAGUAUGACUCCAGGCGUGUGGUUCAGCAGCUGAGGGCCUGCGGUGUGUUGGAAACCAUCCGUAUCAGCGCUCAAAGUUACCCAUCCAGGUGGACGUACGUUGAGUUUUACAGCCGUUACAGUAUCCUGAUGAGCCAGUCGGAGCUGAAGCUGGGAGAGAAGAAGCAGACGUGCAGGACGGUUCUUCAGAGACUCAUUCCUGACUCCAAUCAGUACAAGUUUGGUCGGACCAAGAUCUUCUUCCGGGCCGGGCAGGUGGCGUAUCUGGAGAAGCUGCGUUUAGAUCAUCUGCGAGCGGCUUGUGUGACCAUCCAGAAGCACGUGAGGGGCUGGAGACAAAGACGCAGCUUUCUGAACAUCAGACAGGCGGCUCUCAUCAUACAGCUGUACGUGCGCGGGAAGAAGCAGAUCAGAUGCACAGUGACAGCUCAGGCGUUGAAGCAGGGCUGGGCUGCAAUAGUGAUCCAAAGACACUGCCGCGGUUUUCUGGUACGGAGGAUUUACCAGCUCGUCCUGAGAGCUGCGGUCACCAUACAGGCCUUCACCAGAGGAUGGAUGGCUCGCAAACGCUACAAAAAGAUGGUGGCAGAACAUAAGGCUCUGGUUCUGCAGAAAUAUGCUCGAGCGUGGCUGGUGCGCCGGCGGUUUCAAACCAUGCGGCGGCUGGUCAUUAAUGUUCAGCUAUCAUACAGAGUCCAGCAGCUGCGUAAGAAAGUAGAGGAGCAGAAUAAAGAGAACUGUGGCCUGAUGGAGAAACUCACCAGCUUGUCUAACGCACGGGCUCAAGGGUUAGAAAAGAUUCAGGCUCUGGAGGCGGAGCUGGGAAAACUGACCAAUGAGAUGUCAGCUUUAGUGCAGAGGGCGAAAACAAACUCAGAGGAGGCCAAUCAGGCAAUCGAUGUGCUUCAGAAUGACAAAGAGAAGCUUGUUGAGGAAAAUAAGGCUUUGGAGCGGAAACUCAAAGAUACGACUGUGCAGAUGCAAGAUCAAUUUGAGGAUGUGAAGCGGAAGCUGAUGGAAGAUUUAGAAAGAGAGGAAAGACUAAGAAAGGUGGCAGAGCACAACAGUGAACUGCAGAAGGAAGACUCGGACAAAGAAAUUGUGGCGAUAAAAGAGGAAAACCGUAGACUGAGAGAGGAGCGAAUCAGACUGCAAACGCAAGUGGAGGAGGACGUGAAGACCAACACAGAACUGCAAGAGCAAAUGCUGCAGCUCACCAAACACGUCAAGGUCAUACCAGAUUUACGUAAAGAAAUCAACAACCUGCAGAUUCAACGAGCUGAAGCUGAAAAAACCCUGAGAGCUCAAAAUCUACAAGCCAGAGCUAAGAUGAAUCUGAUCACGAGGCAGCUGCUUGGUGAUGCUACAGAGCAAGAUCUCAUCCAGAGGCUCAAUGAAGAAGCCUCUGAUAAUAACGAUGAUGGAGCUGAUCUAAUCACUGCUUUUGAUGGCAUGGAGCGAGCUGCUAAGGUGAUGGAAACUCAACUGCGAGAGCAGAAAGACGCUCACGAGAGUCAACUGGAAGCUCUGAUCUUCAAAAAUGAGCAUUUAAGCAAAGAGAACGAGCAGCUUCAAGCUUUGUUUCAGGAGAAGAGCGACAUUAACCAAAGCAUUGGACAGGAAGUGACUCGACUCACCGCUGAGAACAUGGUGAUUCCUGAACUGAAGCAGCAGGUGUCAGAGCUGAACCGCCACAAACACGAGCUGGAGAGCCAGUUACAGGACCAGACUGCUGAGAUGAGCGCGAAACUGAAGGAGUUAUCGAGUGCGCUCCAUCUGGCUGUUGAAGAGGAGCAGUCUCAGCGCAGACGCCUGCAGGAGGAGCUGACAGAGAGCCAGAGGAGGAGAGAGGAGACGGACAGACAGAUCUCUGAGCUCCAGGAGGAGAACCAGCAGCUAAAGAAAGCUCAGAUCACAGAGAGCCAAGCCAAAAACACACUCCGACUGGAGACUUCACGCCUCACCGCUGAGAAUAUGGACUUCGAGGAGCAGCUAGACAUGAAGGACAGAUUAAUAAAGCGACUUCAAGACCAAAUCAAAGCUCUUCAAACACACGCUGCAGCCAAUCAGAAAGCAGCUCCAGCCGUACCCAAAGAGUACCUGGGCAUGCUGGAGUACAAGAAGGAGGAUGAAGGCAGGCUGAUCCGGAUACUCAUCCUGGAGCUGAAGCCUCGCGGUGUGGGUGUGAAUAUGAUCCCUGGUUUGGCUGCUCAUCUGCUCUUCAUGUGUGUGAGACACGCAGAUUAUCUGAAUGACGGAAACAAACUCAAGUGCCUCAUGAACAACAUUAUAACAGCCGUCAAAGAGGUCAUCACGGAGCACCAGGAGAAUUUUGAACUUCUGUCCUUCUGGCUCUCAAACACGUAUCACUUCCUGAACUGCCUCAAACAGUACAGCGGGGAAGAGGAGUUCAUGAAGCACAACACUCCCCGGCAGAACAAAAACUGCCUGAAGAACUUUGACCUUUCGGAGCACCGUCAGAUACUCAGCGACCUCGCCAUCAACAUCUACCAUCAGUUCAUCAGCGUCAUGGAGGAUGCGCUGUUUCCUAUGAUCAUCCCAGGGAUGCUGGAGCAUGAAAGUCUCCAGGGAAUCUCCAGCAUGAAGCCCACCGGUCUCCGCAAGCGCUCCAGCAGUGUGUUUGAGGAUGGCGGAGACUCCAGCACGUCUGAGGCCUUCAGCGUCAGCUCCAUCCUGCAGAAGCUCAGCACCUUUAACUCCAGCAUGUGUCAGCAGGGCAUGGAGCCGCAGCUGCAGGGGCAGAUCGUCAGACAGCUCUUCUACCUCAUUGGCUCCUCAUCCGUCAACUGCAUCCUGCUCCGCAAGGACCUGUGCUCCUGCCGCAAGGGCAUGCAGAUCAGGUGUAACAUUAGUUAUCUGGAGGAAUGGCUGCGAGAGAAGGAUUUGCUGAGCAGCAACGCUAUGGAGACUUUGGGGCCGCUGUCUCAGAUAGCCUGGCUUCUUCAAGUCAACAAGACCACAGAUGAAGACGCAGCCGAGAUCAAGCAGAGAUGCUCCGAGCUCUCAGCCGUACAGAUCGUGAAAAUCCUGAACUCCUACACGCCCAUUGAUGAUUUUGAAAAGCGAGUCGCCCCGUCAUUUGUACGGAAGGUGCAGGCGCUGCUGCAGGAGCGCGAGGGCUCGUCACAGCUGAUGAUGGACUCGCAGUAUCGUUUCCAGGUCACGUUUCCCUUCUGCUCCUCAACACAGGCUCUGGAGCUUUUACAGAUUCCCAGCAGCCUUCAUCUGGACUUCCUCACCCGCAUCUGACUGCUUCAAUCUAGUACUAUACUAGUAACUACUAUUCGAGUAGGUGCUGCACUUGGAUUUUGAAUUUACUGCACGACCCUUAGAAAAGUGCGUUCUGAAUAGUAUGAUUGGAGCUCGGCGUACUACAUAUGUCGAUAGUCAUUAUCACAUGACCUAUGUGAGUCAAUUGCGUCGCUUAACUCGCAUUCAUGAAUUCUCUCCUGUUGCAUGAUGGGAUAGCAUAGCGUCCAUCGGAUGCACUCUUCAGAAUCUCGUGGGAAGUAGUAGGUCAUCCCAGUACUUCACGCAUAUUAUUUUUCAAAUGCUUUCGGACAUGCUACUCGGCUCGCAUACUGUUUUUAGUGUACUAUAAUACGGAAGUAUGCGAUUUCGUAUAGUGUUUCUGCUGACCCAAACUCAUCCUCUAAACACUGCACGUUCUCGUAUAAACGCAAAAAUGCUAACGAUUGUAUAUUUUACAUUUAUUUAUAUGUAUUUCAAGGUGAGACACUGCAGGAUUUCAGUUUUUUUCUAUGAAUUUUCAUAGUUUAAAAAAAAAAAAUUCAGUCUAAUGGAAAGUUUUUUUUAUCCGAAUAUACUUUUAAAGUCCCAGAAAAAUCUAAUUGUUUUUUUUUUUUUUUUUUUUUUUUAGAUUUUAGCAUCAGUAUGUUAGCCUUGAUGAUAUCUGUUAGCUAGUGCGCUCCAAAACAGUGACAAAGUUUUUAGAAGAUAUUAACUCGUGGUGGGGCGAGGCAGUGGCUCAGUAGGUAGUGCUGACGCCUCACAGCAAGAAGGUCGCUGGUUCGAACCUCGGCUCAGU